AUGUAGAUGAGACAGGGAGAGUUUGCAACACUCAGGGCAUUUAUACUGGAAACGCUCAUUAAUCAGGCAAUAAUAGCUGUGACAUAAUUGCCGUAAAUAAUCUAGCAAUUUCCUUAGGAGGCCAUUACUGACAACCAACCAUUCUGGAGGAAGCAACACUCUUGUCUCUUGAUUCCUGGCUCAUGUUUCUGAAGAACCUUGGACCUUGCAUUGUAUAUUGACCAUGCUACCGGACACUCCUUUGGAUCGAUGCUUUGGAUUUAUUGCUGCACCCUACUGACCUGAACUACCUGGACUCUGAGAACUACAACUGAGAACUAGAAGUCCAUGCAGAAAUGACCGCUUCGAGGUACAAAACUGUAGUUCAAGGAGAAGCCUCCGAGACAGAUUCAGAUGAAGAAGUGUAUCUGUCUUCUGUGCCGCAAGGUUCCCUUCCCAGCCUUUCUGGGGUGAAGGUUACUGGGGAAGCCUCAGAAACAGACGAGGAGGAAGAUGCCAAUUCUAGCCAGCCCAAAGUGGAGCCAACCUUAAUCAGUCCAGACUUGCCACCGCUGGUGGUUUAUAGGAAUGAGGAUCCAGGCUCUCCUACAGCGGUUGAAGAGAAGCCUGCCCUUCGCAUCCGACACCGAGGCCGCUAUAGCACCCUUCUGCAGCAGAAGCUUAUUGAGAGUAACGCCCGCUUAUACUAUGAUGUCAAUAGUACUGUCAAGCAAGUGUACCAGACGGCCAUCAAAGAGAUUGGGGCCAUUACUGGCCAGCUCAGUAACUCCCAAAAUGGCAUCAUCAGCGCCUCACACAACAUCCGGCUUGUCCUGGAGGACUUGCGAGCCGUGGCAGACAAGAUAGACAUCAUCACCAGCUGCAACCUGCUACCUGAUAUCCAGAUAGAGCUUCCUCCGGCACAAACCUAGCUGGUCCCAGGUCAUGCCUGCUGCCUUUUGUAAGGAGAAGCAGGAUUGACAGCUGCCACUCUGGCUAUAAGACGCAGGAAAAAAUGGACUGUAAGAGAAAGCCUUUGCUGCCUAGUGUUUAAAUCACUGCACAUGCAAUCACUGUUACUCUUCCAGUACUCAACAAAAUAAAACUAUCCUUUAUAUGUUGUCCUA